AUGUCUUCGGUUUCUUCGUCUUUUUCAAGAUUAAGAGGGACAAGUUUGACUGUAGAUGAAGGUGAAAGAGAAGAGGAUGAUAAGAAAGAAAGGGAAAGAAGAGAGGAAUCUGAUGUUUCAAUAUUGGAAGAAAUUGGAAGGAGUGAGGGGUCAAUAAAUGCUAGAAGAAAUGUUCAAAAACGUUCUUCAGGGAUUUGGAAUGAUCCGGUAAUCACAAUUAACGUUUCUGGAAUGCGUUUUCAAACAUAUCAAAGCACACUUGAACGUUUUCCUCACUCAAUGUUAGGCAAUCCAACAAAAAGACGAGCAUUUUGGAAUGAACAAUUAAAUGAAUAUUUUCUUGAUAGGAGUAGAACAUGUUUUGAAUCUAUUCUACAUAUUUAUAGAACUGGAGGUCAGGUAGUUAGGCCUGUUACUGUACCUGUUGAAAUGUUUAUUGAUGAAUUGUAUUUCUAUCAACUAAAAGAUGAUGUUUGGUCAAAUUUUUGUGAAAGUGAAGGUUGCAGAAUUGUUAAAGAAGAGAAAAAACCUUUAAAUCCUACACAAAGAAAAAUAUGGAAUUUGAUGGAACAUCCAGAUUCUUCAUUUUUGGCACGCAUUCUUGCUUCAAUUUCUGUUGCUGUUAUAAUAAUUACAGUCUCUUUUUGCCUUGAAAGCAUUCCAGAAUUAAAAUCACCUACAGACAGGGAAUGGUCUUCACCUUUCUUUUGGAUUGAAUUUUGUUGUUGUUUAUGGUUUUCUAUUGAACUCGUUAUUCGUUUUAUUGUAGCACCAAGCAGGACAGAUUUUAUGAAGUCAUUUUUAAAUGUACUUGAUUUUGUUGCUGUAGCUCCAUUUUUUAUUAAUUUAAUUUUACACGACGCUGAAAAUAAAAAUUCUUCGUCAACCUCAUUUGCUGUACUUCGAAUAGUUCGAUUAGUUAGGGUCUUUAGAAUAUUUAAAUUAAGUCGGCAUUUUACUGGAUUACAAGUGUUGGGGAAGACUUUCCGUGCUUCUAUACAAGAAUUCUUUUUAUUGAUUUUCUUCAUGGGAAUAGCUUUAGUUCUCUUCUCCAGUGGUGUCUAUUUUGCAGAACAAGGCGAACCAGGAACUAAAUUUACUUCAAUACCAGCAACAUUUUGGUUUGUUUUAGCAACAAUGACAACAGUUGGAUACGGCGAUUUGGUACCAAAUGGAGUUUAUGGGAAAAUUGUUGGUUCGUGUUGCGCAUUAAUUGGUGUAUUAACAUUAGCAUUGCCUGUUCCUAUUAUUGUAGCUAAUUUUAAACGUUUUUAUCGUCAAGAAGUUAUAUUAGCCAAAAUGUAUGAACAAAAUUCCCGUCCAGAAGAAAUUAGUGCAUUUAUUAAACAAAAAGGGAAACAUGGAGGAACAUUUAAAAUUUCUAUUAAUGGAAUAAAAAAAGAGGAUGGGGGCGAUGAUGAUACUGAUGUUGAAGGAGGAGGAAGAGGUUUUUUUGAUCAACACAAAAUUGGUGUUGACUCAAGCACUUUGUUGGUUUGA